AAAAUAAAGGCAUGUACUGUAUUUUCUAUUUGUUUUCAAUGAGUAUGUUUUAUGCGCAUGAACGAACAAACCUGCAAAUCAUCCACUGGUUUCGCCAUUCGAGCACCCGCUCAUUGUCGCCUAUCGCAAGUUGUUUCUGCUCUUCGAUUGUAUUGUUCUAGUGGGUGCCGAAUUGGAGCUUUCUGGAUAUUUCUAAUAUUUUUCUAACUCUAUGAGUUUGGUUUGGCUUCUACCUUCGUCUAGUUUUCUCUCUCUAAAGCUUGCAUAACUUAUCAUUAGGUGGACUAAAGUUUGUUAAGACGGCUAGGAAUCCUCUUAUGCUCAUAAUGCUAGGAAUCGUGAGAAUGUUGCUAGGAAGAACCAGGAAUUUGAAGAGUGGGGUUAGUGCAGAUUUCUUGUGGCUAGUGAGAAGAUAUAUAUCAGUCUCAAGCAGAGCAGCGAUAGAUAUGGCUGCUAAAGAUGGGGAACUAAGGGUCUUUAUAGUUUCAGGAGAGGUUUCUGGUGACACCAUUGGUUCUCGUCUUAUGAUGUCUCUGAAGAAGGUUUCUCCUUUUCCUGUCCAUUUUGCAGGUGUUGGAGGGUCCAUGAUGUCCAAGCAACGAUUGAAAUCUCUGUUUCCUAUGGAGGAUAUUGCAGUAAUGGGAAUUUGGGAGUUGUUGCCACAUCUGAAUAAGUUCAGAGUUAAGUUGAAGGAAACAAUAGAGGCUGCACUAUUGUUCCGGCCUCAUGUUGUAGUGACUGUAGACUCCAAGGGGUUCUCAUUCCGUCUCCUAAGGCAGCUACGGGCUAGAUUUGUUCAGCAAGGAUUGGGUAGCCCGGCACACUUCCAUUAUGUAGCACCAUCGUUUUGGGCGUGGAAAGGGGGUGAAGCAAGACUCAAAGGACUUUCCGAAUUUGUGGACCAUGUCUUGUGUAUACUUCCAGGUGAGGAAGAAGUUUGCAGAUCGAAUGGAUUGGGUGCAACCUUUGUGGGCCACCCCACACUAGAAGAUGUGUUGGAUUUGAAUUUGGAAAAGGAUACAGCAGAAAAUGGAUGGAAGGUUCAAGGAAAUUGUGAAAAAUUUCGAAUGCAGUAUGGCAUACCUUCAGGAGCCACGAUCAUUUCCCUGCUUCCUGGAAGCAGAAUGCAAGAAGUGACCCGCAUGCUAUCCAUCUUCUCGAACACUAUGAAGCUACUGAAAGAUUCUCUCCCAGAGUUGACUGUGGUGGUCCAUGUGGCACCUAAUCAACAUGUUAAAGAUUAUAUUAGCAGAGUUGUUCAUCAGUGGCCUGUAUCUGUCAUAUUGAUUUCAGGGGGAUCACCACGCAUGAAAUAUGAUGCAUUUGGUGCAAGCAGGGUCGCAUUAUGUACUUCGGGGACGGUGGCUAUGGAGUUGCAACUUGCACGCUUACCAUGUGUCGUUGCCUAUCGAGCCCAUAUCCUGACUGAAUGGUUCAUAUGUUAUAAAGCAAAAGUACCAUACAUCUCCAUUCCCAACAUUCUUUUGAAUUCAGCUAUAAUUCCUGAAGCACUCUUUCAAGCAUGCACACCUUCAAAACUGGCAUCACUUCUCAUGAAAUUAAUACAGAAUGAAGGCCUUCGAGAGGAACAGAUUGUUGCUGCUGACAAGGUUAUGGCAUUACUCUGCCCUUCGAAAAGAACCAUCAUCAACUCAAAACAGCUGGAAUUUGAACUUGUUUCUCCUGAUUAUACCCCUAGUAUGAUUGCAGCAUCUACUGUACUAUACUCUCCAGGACAGUGUCAUUGAUUAUUCUUACAUCAACACAUGAAAGACCCAAACCAGAUAACAUUGGGAUUAUCCGGUUUGUCACUCUAUAAACAGUUUUCUAUUUUUUGAAUUAAAAAAAAAUAGAAAACUGAUAACUGUUUGGACUUUGGAUCUAUUAACUGAGUUACAAAACUGAGCCUUUUUAGAGAACUACAAAAAGUUCUCUGAGUUUUUGAAUUACAUAUUCCAGAAACCACACACUAAAAAGUCAGAAACACGGAGAUCUGAGGGAGAGAACUGUAUGAAAUCGAAAAAAGACGGAAUGUGUCGCCUCAUUGAUAACAUGUUAUCCCAUAGGUCAUAUCUUAUCUCCUAUCUCAGCCCCCGCCAACACACAUGCACGUCCCCUCUUCCGGUCAUAUCCUGUUAAAUUAAAAAGCUUCUCUCUCAUAAUCGAAGACAGCAACUCAUCCGGAGUCAAGAAAUACAAGGAGCUUCAAUAGAUUCAAGUUAGGGGGAAGUACUAUGUGGUUGAUUUUGGAUACCCACCCAUGCAUGACUAGAUCUCUCUCUAUAUCGUGGCGAGAGGUAUCAUUUACAAGAAUGUAGGGACAGAAUAUGCAACCUCAUGUUCCAAAGGAAUUGUUUACUAUCGGAAUUCAUCACUUCUUAAUGUACUCGAACGAUGCUUUGGAGCUCUAAAGGCUAGUUUCUCAUUUUAAAGCUUAUGCCUUCUGGACAACUAUUUCGAUGAUCAAAAUGUACAAGUGAUCGUUUUUUGUGAAGAAUAUUAUUUUUGAUGUUGUUGAUGAUCGGAAUGGUAGCACCAGUCAACGAAUAAAUGCUGUCAACUUAUCUAUGCACGCUUUGCAGAAAUGGCUCCAUAACAUGUACACCAGAUUGUGGAAUUUAUGUGUGCAUUUACGCUAAAUUAAAAUUGAUGUAGCUCUAGUGUUUUGCUUUGGUUAUGUAGGACUUUAUGAUAGUCCUGGGAUACCUUUGAUAUAUUUGAAGUUUUAAACUCAACUAGGUUUUGUACCUCCUCUUGUAUUCUAUCUAAACUUGAUGUUACACUCGUUCAAUUCUUACUAUUUCUUACCAUUUAAAGUU